ACCGACAAACGCCGAAUCACCUUAAACCAUCUACCAAUGAAAUUAAUCGGGCUUACUGGUGGUAUUGGCUCUGGCAAGUCCACUGUGUCUCGGAUUAUAGCAGAGCAGAAUGUACCAAUUAUCGAUGCCGACCUCAUUGCUCGGCAAGUCGUGGAGCCUGGUCGUAGAGCAUAUAAAUUAAUUCGAAAACACUUUGGUGACGAGGUAUUGAAUGCCGACGGAACUAUCGAUAGACCUAAGCUAGGUGCCAUCAUUUUUGGUGACUCGGACAAACGCAAGGUACUCAACAGCUGCGUUCACCCAUAUGUCCGCCUCGAGAUGUUUAAGCAAGUAUUUUGGCAUUGGAUGACUGGAAAAAAGCUGGUAUUUCUGGAUGUCCCGUUGCUCUUCGAGAGCAAGCUUGACAAAUUUGUCAACACCACUGUCGUGGUAUUCUGCUCCGAACUGUUGCAACUCCAACGAAUAGUGAAACGCGACAACAUGACUGAAGAAGCUGCAACGCAACGAAUUCGCUCCCAAAUGCCUUUGAGUGAAAAAGUCAAACUCGCCAAUAUCGUUCUGGACAAUUCAAGCGAUGUAGAUCAACUCAAGAUACAGGUGAAGAAUCUCGUUAGAAGACUGACGCCGCCAGUUUCAAGCUGGCUUCUUGGCUGGAUUGUUCCACCAGUAGCUUUGGCAAUAUCAGGUUUUUUCAUCAAGGAUUAUGCCACGCGUGGUGCCCGCCUUCUCAUUGCUCAUUACAGUAGACCAUAGUUUACAAAGUUUGACAAGCUUUAUAUAGA